AUGCCUAAAAUUGGAUAUGCUCUGCAAUCAAUCGUUGAAGAGAUUCCGCUUGCAGGUGCUGUUAAAUUCCGAAUGAACUCUAAUCAAUCUCCUGUGUUCGUAAUUCCAAAAAGAUACUCAUUAGAGUUUUAUGAAAUUAAAAGCACAGGCAUAAGUCCAUUAUACAUCAUUCCUUUUCACAAAACGAUUUAUUCACUCAAAGUAAUGCCUGCUAACUACUGGGGAAAGCCAUCUACCAUUGAUGUUUUAAUUUUAUUUUUCAAUGAUUCAUCAUUUAUUAUCUUUAACGAUCCAAACAAGCCUAUUUUCAAAUACAAUCCCAAAGACAUACAGAACAACUUUGAUUAUUGCAUUGAUAUCCAUCCAAGAAACGCUUUCAUUGCUUUUUCACAUAACACAGGCUUAAUCAACUUUUGGGAUGGUUCCCAACCGAACAGGCAGGAGAAAGUCUACAAACUACCAGUUAGUACAGAUCCAUUAAUCGAUAUGAAAUUUUUAUAUACAGAUGAAGUCAUGAUUUCGACACUUCAUGAUAUGCCAGAUAAUCACAAACGAGUUAAUACCAAGAUCCUCGAUCUAUCCUUACUCUUUCCUAACGAAAAUCCAGAUUUGACAUUUGAUAUUGAAGAUGACGAUGCAAACCUCAUUAUUCCUCUCCAAAAGGUAUCAGAUGAUAAUCCCAUAUUCUUAGUUUGUGGAAAACUGAUCACCGUUUGCUCAAAUAACUCUACUUUCCAAGUAGAAUGCCCUUUCAAAGGAAAUCCUUCUUGUUUUGAUUAUAUCUCUCAAAAUUUGAUCGUCAUUUGCGAUGAAAGUGGCCAGAUCUUUCUCAUCAAUAUAGAUACUGAUGUAAGUGUCACUUUUCUAGGUGAAGUGAAGACGAUACCAACAUCUAUUGUUUACAUUGACAACGGAAUAUUUUAUAUCGGAAGUCGUGUGGAAGAUGCUUUGUUUGUCAAAUAUCAUGACGAUAAAUUAACCGUUCUAACCGUUUCCUCUCAAUUUAGACCAUCCACUUUUUGUUCUGAAUUUUCUGAUUUAUGCGGAUCUUUCUUUAUUUCUCACGGAACAAAGAAUGGAGGGGGAGCGAUAACAAGUGUCAAAACCGGUUUAUUCUACAAAGAAAUGUUUGAUGCUAAGAUGACAGAUAUUUCUACUAUAUCAAAAGUUGACAAUAACAAAUUCAUGAUGUCAACAAACAACAAAAUAUCUUUUGUUUUUGAUACAGAUAAUCAAAAGAUAUUGCUUAAGAAUAAUGAGAAAACAAUUGAUUGUUUCCAGACAGAAAAUGGUUUCAUUCAAGUUUGUUCUGAUAAAAUUAAUAUAAUUGAUGGUUACAAAAUUACAAAAACUGUCAAUUUGUCAGAAAUAUUAUCAAUGGAUUCAGAACAAAUAAAUGUCUCGAAACAAGCCAAAAAAUCUUCAUCAAAAAGUGACAAAAAUAAAUCAAAAUCAAAAGAAAAUUUAGAAAAUGAAUCAAAAAGUGACAACAAAUUUUUAGAGAUUGUUAAUUAUGAAGAGAUUUCAUCAUGUGCAUAUGACAACAAGAACAAAAUCAUAUUUAUUGCUGUUGGUGAUAAAAUUAAGGUUAUUGAUUUAUCGUUAAAAGUGACAAAAUCUUUUGAAUUUCCAGAACAGAUCAAAUCGAUAUCAUACUACAAAAAAUUACUUGCUGCAAUUACAUGGAGCGGUUUUGUAAGUACAAUAGAUGAUUCUAAUUUGUGUACUUUACAGAAACCACAUGAUUUUACACCAGACAAAAUUUUUGUUUUAAGAAGUGAAGCAAACCAUAGAAUUAUUAUAGUUUACAUGGACGGUUUUGCCAUGAUUACAAAGAAAGACCUAACAAUAGUCAAGAAAACUGUUUUCGGACAUAUUUGCUGUGGCUCAUUUAUGAAUGAUGAGAAAAGCGUCAUAAUUUUGGGAUCUUCUCCCUCUCUUUAUUUCACUGAUGGAAAUUCAAUGCCAUUGAUUCUGUCAAAUGAAGAUUAUUUCUGUGGUUUAAGGUUAAGUAAAGAAAUAAUCAUCAUGGCAGAUCAAGAGAAGUUUGUUGUUGGAAAUCUGAAUGAAUCAGAACUUUGUCAGAUAAAUACAACAGAGUUCGAUGUCGUUCCUUUCCUUUUGACAAUGUUACAAAAACCACCGUCACUUUUUAUUGGAUAUUUCCAAGAAGGCAUUUUCGGAUUGAUGAGUUUGAAUUUACCUUCUAUGAAAGUCGAAUACGACAUUAAAUUUGAAAAUGACAUGGAAUUGUCAUCAUUAAUUUCUCUGUCAAAUGAAAGAAUUUGUAUUGGUUUGACUGGCAAAAAUGAAGGAAAAAUACAAAUAAUUGAAAAUGUUUUUGAUAACUAUACAAUUGUUGGAAAUCAUUCAAUUGAAGGAGGAGUUUUUGCCUUGUCAAAAUUCAAUGAAAACCAUUUAAUUGUUUGUGGACGAUGCCGAUUAUUUUUCAUUGAAAUUCAGACAUCAACCGCUGGAGCUGUCACUUUUAAUGUUUUACAAGCUAUACAAUGUCCAAGUAUUUGCAGAAGUUGUUUCUCGAUGAACGAGGACAUUGUUAUUUUAUUUGAUAGUUUUCGAUCGAUUAUUUCCUUCAAAUUGAAUGGAAACUUUUUAGAGAGAGUUAAUGAAUUUCCUGUGAACAAAAAUGUUGUUUGUGGAUGCAUUGGUGAUGAGAUAAAACCAGGAGUUUAUGAUCUUUAUUCUGCAGAUGAUAAUGGAUACUUACAUGUCUACAAAAUGAAUGUUGAUGAUUGUUCAAUGAAAGAAAUUUCGAAUUGUAAAUUGUCUGCCUCUGUUUCUUGUUUGUCUAAAGUCAGAGAGAACUUUGUGAUUUGUACAACAAGAAAUGGAGGUGUAAUGAUGCUGACGAAAGUGGAUGAGAAACUCCAGAAUUCUUUGGAAAAGGCAAGAGAUGUAGUUUUCGAUUUGUUUAGAAAUGACAAUGAUAAUGAUAAAUAUCCAAUUGUCGACGCAACUAAUCUCCAGUGUUUGAACUGUGCACCAUCGAAAGCAGUUUCUUCGGCUUUGGAAGCAAGAAAUACAACAAUUUCUGAAGUGAAUUUUGCUGUUCAACAACUCAAAUCUUAUGUUGCAAAAAUUUGUUCUACAAAAUAA